AUGCACGCGCAGACAGUCGCAGCCCGCGCCGUGGCGCCCACCAGCGGCCUGACUCCCGCCAGCCGCGCGGCCAAGCCGCAGCAGCACACAGCCCGUCGACAGCCCCAGGCCGCGCGCCGGUGCGUCGUGGCGGCUGCGGCGGCUCCUGCCGCACCGGGUGUGGCGGUGAGGGAGGAGAAGCUGGAGGGCUUUGCCACGCGCCUGCACGUCACCGCCUAUAAAAAGGUGAUGGAGGAGCUGCGCAAGGGCGCCACGCUGGAUGGGUACCGCAAGGGCAAGGCCCCCGACGCGGCGCUGAUCGCCCAUGUGGGCGGCAUGGCCCGCGUGGCCAACAGCGCGCUGUCGGAGCUGCUGGAGCCGGCGGUGGCGGCGGCCAUGGCGCCGUACGAGGGCGUGGCGGUGCCCGAGUCGGAGCGCAUUGAGCAGGGGGCGGAGGAGCUGGAGGCGCUGUUCAGGCGCGUGGGGGGCGUGCCUGGGCUCGCCCUGGACUCUGGGUUCACAUUCUCGGUUCUGUUUGACGCGGUGCCUUCCCUCAGCUGGAAGACUCCCUACCGGGAGCUGCAGGUGACUGUGGAGUCUGCUGGGGACGAGGCUAGCGAUGCGGCUGAGGUGGAGCGGCGGCUGGUGUCCAUUCGCAAGGGCCAGGCCAAGCUGAGGGUGGUGGCCGACCGCGGCCUGCAGCCUGGCGACCUUGCGAUCGUGGACUUCAGUGCGGCGCGGGCCGACACUGGGGAGGAGCUGGUGGGGGCCACCCGCCAGUCGAUGCGGCUGGACACCGACGAUGCAGACGAGACGUUCCUGCCAGGCAUUGUGGCCAUCAUCAGCGGGAUGAAGGCGGGGGAGGAGAAGGAGGCGCCGCUCACAUUCCCCACCGACGAGGCGUUCCAGCCUGCUCCGCUGCGAGGCAUGGAGGCGCGGGUCAAGGUCAAGAUGACUGAGCUGUUCACUUACGAGUUGCCAGAGCAGCUGACGGAUGAGUGGGCGGGCAAGGUGUUGGAGGGCGCUGACCUGGCGGGCUUGCAGCAGCGGCUGCUGGAGAAGGUGCGGGAGGAGCGGGAGGCGGCGCAGCGGGAGCGCGUGGCCGACGCCUUCACCUCGGCGGUGGGCAAGGCGGUGGACUGCGAGGUGCCUGAGUCGCUGCUGAGCGAGCUGGGGAGCCAGCAGUACAGCGCCUCGCUCAACCGCUUCCUGUCUGAGGGCCAGCUGACGUUUGAGACGGUGAAGCAGCUGGCCACCCCGGAGCUGGCACAGCAGUUUGUGACCAGCCGGCGGGAGGAGCUGCUGGAGCUGCAGCGCUCGCUGCUGGGCUUCGAGGACAUUGCGGUGCAGGAGGGGCUCAAGCCCAGCGAGGCCGAGAUCGAGGCCGAGUUCCGUGAAGCUGCGCGGCAGUUCAGCGAGUACAAGCAGGACUUCGAUGCGGAGCGGCUGCGGGAGCAGGUGUUUGAGACGGUGCAGGCCAACAAGGUCAUGGACUGGCUGAUGGCCAACUGCACGGUCAAGGUGCUGCCGCCGCGCAAGGCGUGA